AUUGUUGCUGGAUGGAUUGACAUUAGCAUUAUGGCAGCAGAUCUCUAGCGAUCCAGUUGGCUAAAUAUCUAGACAGACGCAGAAAUAAAACCAUUAAAAGCAUAAUGUGUCAUCACUAUCCCGACUACUCCAUUCGCAGGGUAUAAAUAGAAGGGAACUGCGUAGAUAUAUGGCCAGAACACAAACGAUUCGCACAGAACAAGAACCAGAACCAGAACCAGAGGCAGAGACAGACAACAUGAGAGUUCCUUGCAUAAUGUUUCUCUCCUUGCUGCUGGGCAACUGCCUGGAUUUGGGCAACGCUCUGUUUUUCAACGCACUAAAAGGACUGAAGGGAAGCGCUGGUUCGGGCUAUAGAGGCUACAACUAUGGCUAUGGUGGCUAUUCGGCCAACUAUGGCAGUAACUAUAACGGCGGAUAUGGUGGAUAUGGCGAUGGUUAUGCUGGUUAUGAUGGGUAUGGCUAUGGCUAUGGCUAUGGAUAUCCACAGCAGCCGAACAGGACAAGAAAUCGACAGCGCACAGGACGCACCUACUCAGAGAUUGCUAAUGUCUUACGGCCGGAUCCCUAUCUAGGACUAGGCGCGGGUCGUUAUCUACCGCGUGCUCCAUAUUCCCAUCUGUGGGGCUAGCAUCUAUAGUUAAAAUUUGUGUAAUAUACUCAAGUUAGGGCAAAUAAAUCAGUGAAAGUUUUGUUUUCAAAUAAUUUAAGUUCAAUUACAGCUUGUUGCGUGCUUUGUAUGUGAAACUUUUUAAAUUAAAGCUAUUUUUAAUUAGCUUUGCAAUAACAUUUAUUAUCCGACUAAA